AUGAGGUUUUUGAAUGUCGACCCUUCUGAAAUAGGGAUGAUAUUUGAUUCGUGGCAAGAAAUAGAUGUCUAUUUCAAUGCUUAUGGGAAACAGCAAGGCUUUGGGGUGGUACGUGGCCAAAGUGCAUACAAGCACUUUAAAGAUGGAAGUAAGAUAAAACGGGAAGUGACAUGGAAAUGCGACUGUGCUGGUAAACCUGACACUCAAAGGAAGGUCGGUGGUAAAAGAAUUGCUAGGGAGUUUGAAGGAGAACCUGUUGCCACUAAAAAAUCAAAAAAAAUGUGGUUGCGGGGCCAUGUUGUAUGGUUAGAAGAAUUGAAGAAGGUACCGUAUGUUAGGCGUGCACUCCACUUUGGUAAUGAUGUUGGGUUGCCUAACGCAAAACUCCAUAGGUGGUUGGCUAGUCAGCGGAAUGGAUAUGAAAAUGUGGCUUUAACCACAAAGGAUUUGAAUAACUUGGCUGUGAAGGAGAAGAAAUUGAAAUUUAAGGAUGGAGAUGUGAAUGUCAUGAUGAAUUACUUUAAAAUGAUGCAGAAGAACAAUAAGAACUUUUACCAUGUACAUAGGUUGGAUGAUAAUGGAGUUCUUCAGGAUGUGUUGUGGGUAGAUGCACGCAGUAGGACUGCGUAUGAGGAUUUUGAUGAUGUUGUUUGUUUUGACACCACUUUCCUUAUGAAUAAGUAUGACUUGCCCUUUGCAAAUGUUGUUGGUGUUAACCAUCACGGGAAAAAAAUAUUGCUUGGAUGCGCAUUAAUCUCCCACGAGGACACUGAAACCUUUAAGUGGAUGUUUUCAACAUGGCUUGAUGUUGUUGGAGGGGACCCUCCUACGGCUAUACUGACUGGCCAAGAUCCAGCGAUGCGCAAAGCAUUGAAAGCUGUGAUGCCACAAACCAGACACAGAUGGUGUUUGUGGCACAUUACAGAAAAAUUUUGUGUGAAGUUAGGGAAGUGUAAGGGGUACGUAGAUUUUAAGGAGGAAUUGAAAAAUAUAAUCUAUGACAAUUUAUCUAUGGAGGAGUUUGAAUUGAGGUGGAAGGAAUUUAUUGAGAAGCAUAAGUUAGCCAGUAACAUGUGGCUUGCUGUUUUAUAUGAUGAGAGGGAAAUGUGGAUUCCAGCUGCAAUGAAGCAUUUGUUCUGGGCAAGAAUGAAGACUACACAGAGGUCAGAAAGCAUUCAUAAUUUUUUAGAUGAGUUCUUCGGCAGGAACACUAGACUUUGGGACUUUGCUGAGAAGUAUGUGGCUGCUAUGGAGCAGCGAUUGCUGUCAAAGAGGCUGGCAGAUGGUAACUCGGCCAUGUUCCUACGUGGUCUAGUGACUGAUUUCAAGUUUAAGGAAACAUUUCGGAAUGUGUACACUGACUCAAAGUUUAUGGAGGUGCAAAGGGAAUGCAAGAGGCUCAUGUACUGCACUGGUAGUAGCAUGCAUGAGAUAUCUCCCUGCUAUUUCGAACAUUUAAUAAAAGACAGAGUAUAUGUGUGGGUUGAAUUUGAGAAGAAGGAGAAGCCGAUCAACAAACAUUGCCUAAAUUCUCUUGAAACGCAGAAAGUGUCUGAUGUACCUAGUAGGUACAUAUUGGAUAGAUGGCGCAAAGACAUUUACCGGAAGCACACGAGAGUUAAAGUUGCCUUCCAUGAUCCAACAAAAACUCAAGAAGUUGUUCGAUAUGACAAACUGAUGUUGGCAUUUGAGCCUUUGUCAUGUCUUGCUAGCGACAUGGAUGAAACUAUGCAGAUGGUUAUUGAGGGCUUGAAAGAGUUGGAGAUGAAGGUGAAGGAAAAAACUACACCAGUCAUCCCGAUAAGUAGUGUUGGCGAGAUUGGAAACAGGACUACUCCUCCUAGUGUCAAAAAGAAGAAAUGUGUUGGUCCAUCAAGACAAACCCAUCUUCAUUUGCUAGAAGUGUAG